AUGUGUUCGUUGAGAAUUUGGGGUUUGGUUUGGUGGGCCUUUGCCUUGCUGGCAAGCAACUCUGCCGCACACUUCAUUCCCUUCGAAAACUGCUUGAGUUCGGAUAUCAGCAAACCUGUCGUCGAUCAGGAUCAUCCACUUCCUCUGCAAUUCGUGCCGCUCUAUGUCUGGGCAGCGUUCAACUCUACUGCACCGAGCCAUAACCUCAACAUAACCGUCUAUGGGAACGUCACCGGUGUUUCAAGGAAGAUUAAUCUUCCAACUAGCCGGACUGAUCCCCAAUGGGCAAAUCCCAACGAGACAGAUGGGAAGAUCCCAGAUCUUGCCGGAGAUCCGGGAAACGAGAAAUUCACAACCUUCACCGCAGAAUACGCUGUCCUAGACUAUACUCCAUGGAACCCGCUUGCGACUCGUCUAUGCAAUACCUCUGCUCUGUCACCGUGUCCUUGGGCCCCGGUAUUCAAUUUUACUGGUAAUUAUAGCAACGUUGCUCCCGUUUUCAGUCCAAGUGGUGGCAAUGCUAGCGCUCAAACGCAGCUGCCAGCCAUGACGGUAGCGCAUGAUCUCUUCUCUAGUUACGCUUUUACGUCUGUAAACGCAAUAUUGCAGUUGAAGUCAGGCGAGGAAGGGGCACGGCAAUUGGCAUGUGUUCGCGCUACCGUCACGCCCGAUCUGGGUCGGCUCUUGAGUGACACUUUGACUUAUGUACCUCUUGUAAUCCUCAUACUAGUCGCCAUAGCUACAGCAUCCGCUGCAAUUUUCAGCCCUUGGGGCUCGACAGAUGUAUUCAGGUUCACAAGCAAUUACGGAAGAGAUGACGACCUGCUGAGACUUGUCACGCCAGGCUUUGGGGACUGCCUUCAGUACAUCCAAUUUAUCGUCCUUGCCGGCUCAUUGAGUCUCGACUACCCAGGCUUCUUCCAACCCGCUGUAAGUCAGGUCAGCUGGUCUGCUCUUAUGUUCAAUGAAAGCUUUGUUAGUCAUGGCCUUGGUUUCCGGGGCUUGCAGGAUGGCAUAUACGUCGCCAAUGGAACAUAUGGUCUUCAUCGGAUGAGCCAAUUAGUCGGCAUGAGCGAAGAUAGAGACAUCUGGGCAGGGAUGAUGACUUGGCUCCUGGUCAUAAUUGCUGCGGCUGUCGUACUCAUUCAGAUUGGAUUCGUCUCUCGGUGGGCGUAUCGCUUCAUAUCGAACACCCAGCAAGAAGAUCUUCGCCAGAAGAAUCUGCCCUUCAGCGUUGGCAAUGCCAUCCGAAUUGUCUUCAAUUACUUCUUGCUACCGAUUGUGGCGCUAUCAUGCUACCAAUUAGUAGUAGCGUCGAAGUCUCCUAGCUCUGUUGUGGGUGUCGCAGCUGUGGUGAUCAUAAUCCUGGUUUGCUUCGCUGGCUACUUACUGUGGCUCAUUGCGACUACUCGUCCGAGGUCGUAUCUUUUUGACGAUCUGCCAACUGUAUUGCUUUACGGUCCUCUUUACAACACAUACUCUGAUAACGCCGCCACAUUCGCUCUAGUACCUGUGAUGCUCACAUUCCUUCGUGGCAUCGCGAUUGGUGCUGUGCAGCCUUCUGGCAUUGCGCAGCUCGUGUUGCUCGCGAUAUGUGAAGUCAUCACAGUCUUGACACUGAAUGCAUUCCGACCCUUUCACUCUCCAACUUCAAUGAAUACCUUUCACACAGUCUUUGCAGUAAUCAGGCUAUUGGCAGUCUUAUUAAGUACGGCGUUUCUACCCUCGCUAAACGUGGGAGAUGCACCAAGAGGCUGGAUUGGAUACAUAAUCCUCCUCCUGCAUGCUGUUGUCCUCGUCUUCGGGUUUUUCCUGAAUGCUAUCCAGACUCUCAUCGAAGUAUUAGCGAGACUAGCAGGUGCAGGUGGUGAAGAAGGAAGUGCUACUAGGGGAGGUCUAGUCCGAGUAUUUGGUAUGCGCCAGCUUUCUCGCAGGCAUCCACGCAGGCCAGGUAGAGCUACGCAAAGUGUUGCGUCUGAUGCGGCUAUACUUACACAUGAUGGUGAUCAAAAGUCAUUACAAUGGAACGGCGGUCGAUCGAGAAGUAUAUCGGGCAGCUCAGCAAUAUUGCUCAACAGGCAAGGAGGGGAAAACAGGCAGAGCCUGGGCUUCGAAUCAGUUAGCGCAGGAGUUGCAGGUGAUACUCCAAUAUCUGGAGGAGCUAGUGCCUUCUCCUACAUUCCUGGUGGUUCACAGGCCGCUGGUCAUGCAACUUCUGGUGGUAUUGUGAACAUUCGCAAUGCUGAGACAACAGAUCCUUACUACCGUCCCCCGAGACCUAGGAGAACGACGGCGGAUGCUCCAAUGCCUCGUAUACAGAAUCGAAACUCUGGGAACAGUGCAGAUUGGGCUAACAAGCGCUGGAGUCGCCACAGCCCAGACGUCGAGAGCUCACCAAGAGCCCCGGAUGGCCCAACAAUAUCAAGACGAGGCACUCCAACGCCAGCUCAUUUUGGUGGUAACCGCGAGCGUUCUGAUUCGGACGCAGAAGACCCAAGACGCUCUAAGACAGAUUACGCUACGAGAGAGGUUGAUUUCUACUAUGGCGUGCGUGGUCCAGCAUUGUCAAAUCAGCCAACUCGUCGGUUAAAGACAGGUCCUGCAGAUCCAACUGGACCUGUAUCAUCUGCCUCUGGUUGGAUCAAGAGCCUUUUUGGCGGCAAGACAAAGGACAAGGGAAAAGGCUUCGAAGUGGUGAGAAGUUCUAGGGUUCCUCCACUAGGUCGCACAACUCCAUCAGGUACAGUCGAAAAUGGUGCUGAUACUCCCUACACUGAUGAUUCCGCUGCCCAGCAGCCAGAAAGAAGUCGUGACCUUGCGUUGAGUGACGAGGGAGACGCUAUCGGUGCUGGUACCAGGCACUUACCAGAGGAAGACGAGCCCAGUCCUCUCGACAGCGAGGAGGAUAGAAGCGCUAACGAGUCAGUCUCUGAUGACGACUGGCCAACGAAUCGCGAGAGCCAGCUCUCUCCAAUCCCACCCACUCUGCCUAACAUCGAAAGCUCUGGGGCCAUCGAAUUGCCAAGUCGGGUCGGCUCAAAAGUAAGCUCGAAACCCACGCGAGAGAGCACAAGGAGGAUUGGUAGACCACCGACAGUCCCUCGAAAGAGCUCCAAACGAGACUCGUCUACCGAUCUCACUCAAUAUGACAGUCGACUAUCGACUGUCAUGCAAUCACCUUCGGCUACACCUCAGCGUACCACCAUGGUUUUCGACGAAGAUGAUGCCUUCAAUCCAAGCUAUCAACCAAAUGUGAGGAAGAUAACACGGCUGCCCUUUGAGUCCCAUAAGAAAUCAGCCUCACAAGGAACAUACCUAUCGGGCCGCGGCACUUCAGUGAGCUCGAGUUUGUACCCCUCGACACGUCAUGAUGGCAUCAGUGAGGGGCCUGGACAUGCGAGACACUCGUCCUCUGUUCUUGGAGUGCACGACCUUCAAUAUGACCGGCCCACAAGCCUAGGCUACGUGCAGCAGCAUCGGGCCAGUGACAACAUACACAACAACGACAACAGCUCCUCUUUGAUAGGCUCAGCAGCCGAGCUUGUCGACAUCUCCCAAAGAAGAAGCAAUAGCCCGAAUGAUAGACCGACAUGA